AUGCCGGGUCUGUUGUCCGUGUCCAACCAAGGUUGCCACGAAUCUCGAAUUACAAUUUUUAGGUAUUCAAAAGGUACUUUAUAAUUGGAGAGGGGAAGAUUGUGUAAAAAAGUUAGGGCAGAUGGAAAAGAGAUGGAUCUUUGAACUUAACACUCUCAUUCCAUAUGGCCUGAAUAACGAUUUUGAGUUAUGCCACUUUCUAUGAAUUAUUCUAUAUAACUCCAUAUAAACUAGUAGUGGACCCUUUAAAUUUCUAUUGUUCUUUCCAUAGAUACAGUUUUUAUAUUAUAAUAUUCUUUUUUAUUGUCUGGUGCUUUUAUAUAAUUUUAGCUGGGGAUUAGCACUUUAAAAUCUUGCAUUUUAAUAUUUUGCACUUUAAGGUUUUGCUCUACAUUUAAAUGGAAAUGGGCAAUUUAAACAGGUAUUCUCACCCUCAUGAUCUUCUUCUUAUAUCUAUUUAAUAUGUAUUAUCAGGGCUAGUGAAUUGUACUAUUGUGAAAGAUGAUGGUAGUUAUAGCAAAGAAAUAAUAAUCAUUGUUUCUUUAUUUCUCCUUUGCAUUUGCAUUCAUUUUGUAGGUGUUGUUUUUAAGAGUUACUGCAUAGUAUUUUAAACGUAGAUUUAAUUUGAUUCAAUUUACUUUGAUUCUUAUAUGAGGCUUUUAUUGUUAACCUUGCAAUACAGUCUUCUGUUUUUAAUGUUUUCCCAAGUAAAAGAAUUGCUGAUAUGCAGUAUAUUUAUAUAGGAGUUUCCUACGAGCAGUACACAUUAUGCAAAUAAGGUCUGCCAUGUUCAUCAAAUGAAUGGAUAAGUAAGAUGCUUCUUAUAGUGAACUUGCACAAAGUGAGGUCAUCACCGUUAACGUCCUGACUUAGCCUAUCGGCUAAGAAAAGGGCUGAACAUGUAAAAGAAAAAGAUUCCCGAGGCUACAUCACAGCUGACUGAGGAAGCUCACAGACGAGUGAAACACGUUGUAAUGGCACCCCCAGGCAUAAAAUGGGUUUAGAAGAUCUUCCCCUUCCAGAUACACAGGCAGCUACCAAAGACACCAAUCUGCCGAACAGGAAACCAUAUGAAUGCUGUAAACAGCCGAACCGGAACCAUACGAAUGCUGUAAACAGCCAAAUAGGAAAAACCAUAUGAAUAGAUUUACACCCCUAGCAGUCAAACUGGAACAGCAUACAAUAAAUCCCCCCAAGAACGAGGCAAGGCUCCGUGUUGAGGGUCAAGCAGGAACAGACAAUAAACACGUACAAUACACUCAGACACUCCCACACAAAAUCCUCCCCUCUGCCUGUGAUACAUUUACCUUACACAAUGGGUAAUGUAAUUAUCACAGGCAGAGAAAUACAGUUUGUCUAUUCAUAACUUUAAAAGUAUGCAUCACAUUCACACAAAUGUACUUACAUUUUCAGAAUCAGCAUACUCCAAAUACAAACUUACGUCAAAAUCAUACAAAUUGGUCCAGUGGUUCAAAAGAUAGAUCGUAGUCCUUUGUGACCAAAUGAAGCAUGGCUUUUCUGACCAAAACCAGUUCCACAGAGUCUUCUAUCCUGCAAAUAAUUGGGAAGUAAUCCAAUUAUCUCCAAGGACGGAGGCAAAACUCCACUGAACACAUGGCAGCAAAAGACAAUAAAAUACAUAAAAAUAUAUAACUGUGCAGCCAUUGCAUAAAACAGGUACAUUCAACAUAUCCCCAGAUAGCUCAGAUCUGAGCGCACACUAUUACUAAAUGGCGCCCAGAUCACACACAUACAGUUCAAUUGCCAUGGAGCCAAAGUCUUUCCCAUAGUCUUUCAUUAUACGAAUGGGCUCCAUGGCAUAGCUAUCUGGGGUAUCACCGCUCCAACAGGGCAAACACCGAAUGACCCGGCUUUCGUGUCUUUGCGGGGUAAAAUCAAGCAUUUCAACAUGGGGCCAUAGUCUAAAGGCAGCAGGCGGGCAACCAGGCUCCUCCAAUGCACAGUGACGAGAUUGGUCUCGUCACACACGUUUUGGCUGACAUUGGACCUUUAUUUGGACUUUGUAAAUUACAUUUCCAUUUUUUUAUUUUUUAUUUAAAACCCACAAUAUUGUGUUUUAAUUUGGAAGCAAUAAAUUUACUUUUUAUACCAUUUAAGUCCUUGAAGCCUCCAGGAAUUCUUUGUGGGAAUUGCCAUCCCAGAAAUUGGCAUACUGCUGGACACCCUUAGACCCAGGUACUUAAGGCUCUUAAUAAGGUGAGCACAAAACUUACCAUAAGUAUAUAUACCACAAUUUUGCACAUUACUACUCAUCUGGCCUAUUUCCCUUCUCUCCUUUUUCUUUGGAGGAAUACCAUCAAGGAAAGGGGUAUAUUGCUGCCCAAAGAGCAUUAAGGCCUAUGUUACGGAGCCAAUAACAUACAGGCUCCAAACCACGUGAGUGGUUCUAGUUAGUCCACUUUCAUCACUUAAUAAUAUAUAAGACCAUCUGCACUAUAUAUUUCUUUGUUUUUCUUUUACAUGCAUUUUCAAGUGUGUAUUAAUGGGGUAAGUGAGCCUCUUUAUCACUUUAAAUUCAUACAGCGCUCCACUAAUUGGUGUAUAUUGUAUACCAUAUCUUUUAACAUUGUAAACUGAUUGUGGAAACAAGGGUAUUCCACUUUAUGUGUUUGAGCUGCUUCUUUGUCUAGGCACUAUAAAGUAUCACUCACUAUCUCUGCAAAGAGACUGUUUUUGAUUGUAUAAAUAGCUUAAAGGGACACUAUAGUCACCUGAACAACUUCAGCUUAAUGAGGUUGUUCAGGUGAGAACUAUAGCUCCCUGCAGCCUUUCUCAUGUAAACACUGUAUUUUCUGAGAAAAUACAGUGUUUACAUUGAAAGCUAGGAACACCUCCAGUUGCAGUCACUCAGAGUGAACCAGAGGGACUUCGGAGUUGAUGGAGGCACAAUAUGCCUCCAUCCACUCAGAUCUGCUGUCAGCAGAGCACAGGGCAGCACUGUGCACAGCAUCCUGUGAUUCAGUAUAUCCUCCCUCUGCAUGCAGACACUGAACUUUCCUCAUAGAGAUUCAUUGAUUCAAUUCAUCUCUAUGAGGAGAUGCUGAUUGGCCAGGGGUGUGUUUGAAUCAUGCUGGCUCUGCCCCUGAUCUCCCUCUGUCGGUCUCAGCCAAUCCUAUGGGAAAGCACUGUGAUUUUAUCAGGCUACCACAUGUAAGCAGACUGUUUGCUUUUCUGAGUCUAACAGCAUGCAAAUUUACAGCUUCUGGCUUGAAUACAGUAAGAUUUUUACUAUAUUUAUGGAGGCAUGAGGGGCCCAGGGGGGCUAGGUGGUGGUGUUAACACUAUAGGGUCAGGAAUACAUGUUUGUGUUCCUGACCCUAUAGUGAUCCUUUAACUUUUAAAUAUUUCUUUCCCUCUUCCAGCUAUAAAGAUCAAAAACAUCACUCUGUACACAGAUGAACUGGUAGUAAAAUCACCUUCACGACUCCUCAUCCCUUGCCGAUUUUACGCAGAUGAACAAGUUGGGACUAACCAAUUUCUACUUGAAUGGGGAUUGACCCCAGAAAAUAGGGACAACUAUACUCCAAUCCUCCGUCUCUAUGACACCAUUCUGGAAUAUAUGGAGAAUGGCAACAGCAGAGCUCAGGUUUUUGUAUACCUUGUGCAAGAAGGAAAUUGCUCUCUUGUCAUCAAUCCCACCUACACCAAUGACAGUGGAACAUAUGAAAUUCGGCUUACCAUUAAUGGAGUGCAGCAUUCUCCAGUCCCAGUAAUUAAAGUCAAGGUGUUAGGAGACAAGACUGUGUGUGAGUAUUAGUAAAGUCAAAUAUAUUAUCUCUAUGAAACCAUAGUACCACAGUGUCUCACUCGGCAUGUUAAUCAUCUGGGCUAUUUAUUUUCUUCUUUUUUAUAAUUAAGACUUUUAUUGGGUUUUAUGCAUAGCAAGACAAAAGCAAAACGUUAUAAAUGAGUCUUCUAGUGGAGAGUAAUGGUAACAGGUAAUUCUAGAACAGGGCAUAUCCCCACAGGUGUGGUCCUGUAACUAAUUUACCAUGUUGGUAACAAAAUAAUAUAGAAAGGAAAGAACCCAGAAUGAGAAAAAAAGGUAAGAUGUGAAGAGAAAAAUAGAAAGGUAUUCGCAAGAGGGCUAUUUAAUUUUUUUAUGUGCCUUGGGUAGCCCCCUACUUGAACCCCUCACGCCACUGUUCCACAUACCACAAGGCUCAAGUACAAGCAUUAUCUAUGAUCUCUUUCAGACCAAGCCCUAUUAUUAACACCUACCAAACUCUGCACUUGGAUAUCACUUAAUUCACGGACACAGCUAAUGAUCCACCCUCAAACUCCAGCCUUACCCAGUGCCCUUUAGUUUCAAUUCACACCCUUAAAACAUUACUCAUUCCUAAAUCAUUUCCUUCUUCUGAAGAAUAAACCGACGCGUUUCUCACUUAUUGUUUUCCUUUACAGAUCAAACAGAAGUGGAUUACCAGUGUUUCGAUAGUUAAAAUCCCAAAACCAUUUUUUGCAACUGUAGGCAUUUGAAAAAUCAACAAGUAUGCAUUCAACAAUAUUUAAUAAAGUGCCUUACAUGAGCAGAUGUAACACCUGGACAAAUACUGUGGUCUGCGCGUUCCGGUACAAAAACAUUUUAUCAAGACAAAUCAUCUGCGUGCACAUCCCAAGAUGUCGGACACCAUAUCCCCCUCUCCCAAAAAAACCUGAAAAGAGCUUUAACUGAAGCUAAAACCCUUCAGUGGUAAUGCUAAAAAAACAGGCUACAUGCGAGAGUAAACAUACAUUGUAAGUAGACAGACUAGCAUCCAUGUACUAAACAGCAAAAAACAUUAGUGACCAAAUAAAGAUCCAAUCCUUCAUAUAUCAUCGAUUAGCUAGUAAUAUAAUCCUACACUGAAACUAAAAGAUAGGGCAUCAAAAAAAGAAUUUGUACCAGGCACAUGUAGUGUCUAUGAAUCAAAUGUAUGACUGAAAAAAUGAGGCUAACAAGAAACAAAGUUGCAUAAUGUAUGAAGCUAAAGAGGCACUAUAGGCAAGCAGAGCUCUUCGUUUCAUUGAAGUAAUCUGGGUGCAUUGUCCCUGUUCAUGUAACCCUGCAAUAUAUAUAUAUAUAUAUAUAUAUAUAUAUAUUUUUUUUUUUUAUAUAUAUAUAUAUAUAUAUAUAUAUAUAUAUAUAUUUAUAAACACUAAAAGCACCUGCCUAAUAUCGUGUAGGUCCUCCUAGAGCUGCAUUGAGACAUGAACUCCACAAGACCUCUGAACGUGUCCUGUGGUAUCUGGCAACAAGACAUUGGCAGCAGAUAUUUUUUCUGCAAGUUGCGAGAUGGGGUCCCAUAGAUCGGAUUUCUUCUUUCAGCACAUCCAGCUGAUGCUCAAUCCGAUUGAAAUCUGGGGAAUUUAGAUGCCAAGGCAACAUCUUGAACUUUUUUUCAUGUUCCUCAAACCAAUCCUGAAAAAGUUUUGCAAUGUGGCAGGGUGCAUUAUUCUACUGAAAGAAUCCUGCCAUCAGGAAACUCCAUUGACAUGAAGGGAUCUACACAGUCUGCAACAAUCUCUAGGUAGGUGGUAUGUGCCAAAGUAACAGCCACAUGAAUGCCAAGACCCAAGAUUUCCCAGCAGAACAUUGCCCAGAGCAAAUUACUUUCUCUACCUGCCCUCUUCCCUGCUGCUAUACCCCAGGUAAACAACACACAUGCACCCGGUCACUCACCUGAUCUAAAAGAAAACGUGAUUCAUCAGACCAGGCAAACUUCUUCCAUUACUUUUGGUGGUGGACAGCAGUCAUCAUGGGCAUUCUGACUGGUCUACGGCUGCUCGGCAAACUGUGAUGCACGGUGUUCUGACUUUUUUCUAUCAUGGCCAGCAUUACGUUUUUCAGCAAUUUGAGCUACAGUAGCUCUUCUGUAUGAUCUGACCAGACUGGAUAGCCUUCACUUCAAACGUCCAUCAAUGAGCCUUGGUUGACCAUGACACUUACGCCGGUUCACUGGUUGUUCUUCCUGCACCACGUUUGGUAGGUACUGACCACUGCAUACUAGGAACACCCCACAAGACUUGCUGUUUUGAAGAUGGACUGACCAAGUCAUCGAGCAUCACUAUGUUGCCCUUGUCAAAGUCACUUAGUUUUUUUCGCUUGCCCAUUUUUCAUGCUUCCAACACACUAAAUUCAAGAACUGGCUGUUCACUUGCUGACUAAUAUAUCCCACCCCUUGACAGGAGUUAUUGUAACAAUUUAAUCAUUGUUAAUCACUGCACCUGUCAGUGGUUUUAAUGUUGUGGCUGAUCAGUGUGUGUAAAAAAUAAAUAAAUUAUAUAAUAUAUAUAAAUUUUUGGUCAGGUACCAUAAGCCGAUAACAUAAUAAUGUUGAUACAUAAUUAUAUUGAAAAGUCAGUUGUGGUGUGCCGAAACCGACGAGUGGUUAGGCCUGUAAUAAAGAGGGCCCACCUUGUAGUGAUUAUGUUAUAUAAAGGGAGAGGUGGGAGGGCAACACUGAGGCAUUGACUGCAGGUAAGGGGAGGGGUUCCAUGUUAUAUAGGCUGAAUAACCUCUCCUACAACUACAGCCUUCUCCUUUUAAUUUGUGAUCGGUUACCAUAAGCCGAUAGCUUAAUAAUGAUGAUACAUAAUUAUAUUGAAAAGUCAGUUGUGGUGUGCGAAAACGGACAAGAUUAGGCCUGUAAAAAUUAUAAUGCAAAACGUUAUUAGAGUAACAUAUGUAUAAUAUUACAGAGUAAUAGUAUUGAAGGCAUUAAUGAUUUCUUGUUCUGGUUGUGGUAUGUACCUAGAAUAGGCAGAUGACUUCCAGCGGCCCGUUUUCUUUAUGAUGUGUGCAGGAACAUUAUGACUGGAGGCUGCGGAAGCCGCAUCUAUGCGAAAUGAGUGACCUAAGAAAGAAUUAGGAUUUAAACAUUAGAUAAUCCUAAGGUAUAAGAUAGAUGUUUGUGUUGUGAGAGAAUUUCUAUGUAACGGUAGCAAAGUAAAACAGGGGAGUUUACUGGUCAGUGAUUUGGUGAGAUCAUUUAGAACCUUUACUGAACACCAUUUGGUAUUUGAAAUUUAGAAGGGUAUUUCUACCUCAGGGCCUGUCUAACUGGUCUUACUAUGUUUUAAUGACAGGGUGUAAUGAUCUUUGGUAUUAUUUAAGUCUUGUAUCUCAAGGCAAUUUUCGAGUGUCUGAAAACUUAGUAACCAUUAAAGGGACACUAUAGUCACCAGAACAACUACAGCUUAUUGAAUUUGUUCUGGUGAGUAGAAUCAUUACCUUCAGGCUUUUUGCUGUAAACACUGUCUUUUCAGAGAAAAUGCAGUGUUUACAUUACAACCUAGAGAUAACUUCACUGACCACUCCUCAGAUAGCUGUUUAAGAUACUUCCUGGGUCAUGGCUGCCUAAAAUGCAUCCAAACAUUCAGUAUCUCCUCCCUCUGCAUGCAGACACUGAACUUUCCUCAUAGAGAUUCAUUGAUUUAAUUCAUCUCUAUGAGGAGAUGCUGAUUGGCCAGGGCUGUGUUUGAAUCAUGCUGGCUCUGCCCCUGAUCUGCCUCCUUGUCAGUCUCAGCCAAUCCUAUGGGGAAGCACUGUGAUUGGAUCAGGCCACCACUUCUGAUGAUGUCAGCAGACAGCUUGUUUUUUUUUAGGCAAACAGCAUGCGGAGUUACAGCUUCUGGCUUGAAUACAGUAAGAUUUUGCUAUAUUUAUGGAGGCAUGAGGGAACUAGAUGGUGGUGUUAACACUAUAGGGUCAGGAAUACAUGUUUGUGUUCCUGACCCUAUAGUGAUCCUUUAACUCUUUGGGUCCCCGUAAAAGGCCAAGUAAGUGGCAACUUUUAUAACAAUGUUAGUUUGUUGUUCAAAUGGCGUGUUGUCCAAUAAAUCAGAGAUUGCUUGGAAUUUGGGACUAUCUAUUGGAAGUCGUUUUGGUGUUUAUAUGACAUAAAAUUUUUCAAUUCCUUUCAAAACACUCUUAAUGGGAUAAGAUGAAAGGAAAGGUAUAGUAUUGGGAAAUUAUGUAAGCAUAUGAUGUUUUACGGCAUUGAGCUAUUUUUUUUUUUAAUUUUUUUUUUUUUUUAAUUCUUUAUUUUUGUUGUGCAAAAAGAUUAACAAUCAUGCUUGCUAUGCCACAACGGCAGACAUAAACAUUUCAAUAAACAGAUUAGUAUGGCAUGUAAUUGAUAACUGCACUUUUUUUUUUUCUCACAAGUUAAGUUACGUAUUCAAGCUUACUAUUACAUGUCAAAUGGAAGUAAACGCUGUAGCUACUGUCGCAUAGUUGCCACCUGACAUGUGAAAAGACUUUCACAUUUUAUGGUAUGUAAAGUAAUAGAAAAAACAUGACUAAUGACAGACUUGGAUAUUGCAGGCUUCAUAUGAAUUUUUAACUAAAAACGCAUGAGGAGAAACACAUGAGAAGAUCCACCAGGUUGUUAUGGGAAAGGUGUUAAAAUUAGUGUGGUGGCCACUGGGACUCUUUAAUGUAAUGUCGUUACAACUAAAUGCCUGUGGCAAAUUGAGAAGCAUGUGACAGGAAUCACAGACAAAAAAAACCCCAGAAUAAACAGAAUAACAUUCUUGGCUAGUGUGGGGCACUUGCAGAUUAUUUGCUUAUGGUAAGGCAGUUCAUCUACUUAGCCGAUGCCACAAGCAGGCUUCUUCUGGGAGCCAAUUCUGCACUUCUCCAUGGUUUGCUUGGUGUUUCUGCUCCAGCAUCCCCUCUGUGUCAAGAGGCCCUCGGGUGCAUGAAGAACUGUAUUUUUGUAUGGAUCAAUCGAGCGGCGUUCCAUCAUCCGCUCCGCCCGCCGAACCCGGGUCGGCCGACGAGCCGGUGCCUGGGAACCACCAGCCCCUCCAGCUCCCUUGAAAGGGUUAACGUCCUGGGGAUUCUCCAUACCACAGGCAGUUUCCCUCUUGUGUGGCUGCUGGACGGGCACCGCGCCCAUUGUGACUCCUGGCCCAGGGGGUACCGCGGGUACCAAGGGUACGGUGAGUAUCCGUUCUGCUUGACGGGCCUCCAGUCGGCUCCAAAAUGCUGCGCAGAUCGCGUCAAAGGUAGCAGUAAAUUUGGCUUCCCAGCUGCUUGCUGAGUGUGUGGUUGUUGUGGCGGCCAUUUUAACAGCACCAUGCAGUCGUGCUCUGUCCCAAUAGCUUUUAGCUGUAUCGCCACAAGGUCUGCUGUUGCUUUUUCCCUGGUGGGGACGGGGAUAACCCCCACCGGUCCAAAGGGGGGGGGGGUGAACGGGCAACCUCUUCAGUAAUUGCAGAAGGUCCAGGAGGGAGAAUGGCUGCUUCCCCUCCUCAAGGCCCGCCUCAAGCUUGUAGGCCCAAAUUUAAUUUCGAGCCGCAGGUCGAUAAUAAAGGCUCCAGACUCGCACAAGAAAGCUCCCCUGCAUACUGGAACAGAUAAUGAACUGUUUGGUGGUCAUUUGGGGGCAAUAAUCCCACUGUAAAGGUUUGGAUUACAAGAUUUUUGUGAGGAGCUCACUUUCAGCACGUCUGGCUGCCUUGCUGGUCAGGCCCCGCCCCCGGCAUUGAGCUAUUUUGAUGGUGAUGUGAGCUAGUUUGAGCAAUAGGUGGCAAAAAGUGGUGAAUUGACCAGUGUUUCAACAGAAAAGGUGUUUAUUAUUUGAAGAUCGAGACAAACAUUUAAAAUAUGUUAAAUGCUCUAUUAUAAGAUUUUCUUGUAUUGUUGGACAGUCCCACUUGUGCUAAAGUUUUACUGUGUGACAGUAGAACAUUCAGUUCAUGAUAAGUUCCUGGAUGUUCGGGGGUCCUGUUACCUAUUGGUUCACUGUGGGAUGAACUUUAAAAAAUUGCCGGAAAUUUAAACGUAACAGAGCAUCAGGGGUUGUAUUAGGAUUUCCAGGUAUCUAUGUACAUACAAUAUAAAACUGCUGAGUGGCCACCAGCCAGGUUAAUUUCCUGACUAAUUUCAUAAUGAUUAAGGAGUUUGAACGACCUUUAUUUAGUAUGUGACAGGCUGCUUGAUUGUCAAGAAAACACCUUACAUGCUUGACCUUUCCAUGACUUACACAAAACAUCUGCCACCACUACAGUGGAGAAAAUUUCAAACAUAGCGGAGGAAUUAUCAAAAUUGAGCAAUUCAGUAGUCUCAGAGGGACAGCGAGUUUGGACCUACUUGUUACCGUAUUUGGCAGCAAAGCUUAAGGAGCUCAAUGCGUCUGUCCAGCUGACAGGUGAGGUUUUUGAAAUAGAGGGUAUGAACAUGGAUCUGCCAUUCCAUGAUGACAGAAACAGUUGCCACAUGGAAAUGUCACCUGUUGCUUAUUCAUCAAUUGUAAACCUACUGUCGUCAUCGGGAAGGCUUUGCAACAUCCAUAACAGUCUGGAAAUAAAUGCUCUACCUUGUGGAAUAAUUUGCAUAGUGAAAUUGAUUGGCCCAAGUAGUGACUGUAGUUGUUCAUGAGUACAUGAACCUUGUUGUAAACAGUUUGCCAUGUAUUCUUGUAUUUUCCAAAUGUUAUCAUCUGGAAGGCUAGCUUCUAUAGUGUCUGAAUUAAGAUGAAUACUGAGGGAAAUUAUACUGGUAUAUGGACCUUCUGUCCAUAUGAAAGUUGAGAGACUGUGGAUUUUUUUUUUACCCAUGGGGAGAAAUUAUACCUGUGUGGAACACUGACAAAAACCCCAAAGUUAGAAACUCUACCAAGUGAGGUGAUGGGUGGUUUGCUAAGCUAAGGGUUAGUGUAACAGCAUUUGUAUUACCCUGGUAACUAUUCUGUGGUGGUGGAAUAGAUAGUUGGAAAGAUGGGCCAGCUAGGUUGGCCGAUUCCUUGAUCUCAAGUGUGUUUAUGGAGUUGAUGGAUGUCGAUAUUGACAACAUCAUGGCAUGUAAAUCUGAAAGACUGCACUGGACUGAUCCUUCCUCACUGGGCCCUGGUAUUGCUGUGACAGUGUUUUACCUCAUUAGUCUUACUGGCUCAGCCUUCCUUGCUGUGGCUGGAUGUUCUUGCGUUUUUAAUUACGCUGUUAUUCUUUGGAUAGUCCAAGACCUUACUGAACUUGGCCUUGCCGAAAGUCUGGUUGGGUACUCUGUUCUAGCCAGAGUACUAGGCAAUGAAAUGAAAUUCUACGUAAUGGAAAUUAGCAGCGAUUAUCUCAUUAUUAUUGCAAUUAUUUAGUGUGAAACAGCGGCUAAUUGGUGGAAAGUGGCAAAAUUAUAUUACUAGAUGUUACUAGUGGUAAAAGUUGUCCAACUUAUGAAUUUGGGGUGUUGAUGCCACAAACAUAGUGGCAGGGAGUUUUCCUCUUGGUGACAAUUAUCAAGCGUCAAGAUAGAUCUGGUGUGACUGGUGAGACCCUAACUAUACUGUGUGCGAGGCACUACCUAUGCAUUGGGCCGAUGGGCGAAUGUACCCCCAUGUUAAAAGAAGGAAGUUUGCCUCACUGGACCACUGAAUUAAAGGACCACUAUAGUGCCAGGAAAACAUACUUGUUUUCCUGGCACUAUAGUGCCCUGAGGGUGCCCCCGCCCUCAGGGUCCUCCUCCGCCAGGCUCUGGGGAGAGGAAGGGGUUAAAAUCUUACCUUUCUCCAGCGCCGGACGGGGAGCUCUCCUCCUCCUCUCCUCCUCCUCGGCUGAAUGCGCAUGCGCGGCAGGAGCUGUGCACGCAUUCAGCCAGUCCUUGGUCCUGGUCCUAGUCCCGGUCUGUUUUCCUGAUCCUGGUGCAUGUCACCAGUAAUACUUUAAUAUAUCUUGGUUUCUAACCUCUGGCUUGACCCUGACCACGCUUCUUGUUUCCAACUCUUGAUGUCCUGCUCUCUAUUUGUGGUUCUCCUGGCUUCUGCCCUUCAAGUUGACCCUCGAACUUGCUUCUUUGCUGCUAGGGCUGACCACCUGACACCACUUCCUGCCUUUUCCUUUCUGGUUUCUCCUUUUCCUCUGUAAAUAAAGGCACCUGUGCCCUCACAGAUCUCCCAGGUUCCCGUAUCACUCUGAGGCACCUGGGAGGGUCGUGUUUGCAAGGAGUUGCCAAUCCACUGCUACUGAGUUCCUCUCCAAGCAAACCAACUGGUAGGUUGUCACAUUGUGUCAGAUACAAGGUACUGCAGGAAGAUUUGGGGGCCACGAGAACUUGGCAGGCAUCGACUGAAGCUAAUGGAAAAGGAUACAUGUUAUAUAGGUGUCACGGCUGCUAGUGUGGUCCAACACACAGAAACUAUGUAAACAUAUACAUACAAAAGGAAAGGAAAUAAAAGGACAGAGCGUAAACCGGACCUUAGAAUGGCCGGACUAAUACGCUAGAGAUAGAGAAUGGUCAAAGGGAAAGCCGAGGUCAAGGAAGCCAGAAAUACUUAGAUACCGUUUAAACAAGCCAAGUCAGGGGAACCAGAAUUCGGAAUAACCAGGGAAAAGCCAAGAUCAGGAUACCACGAAGUAAUAUACACAAAGAUAAACGCACUCUAGGGAACCAGGAACAGGAAACCACGACAGGGCAAGGUACUGGGGUGAAUUAGGGAUUUAAAUAUCCCUCUCUAGGCUCUGAUUGGUCAGAGGGUGACCUCUGACCCCAGAACGUGCGCGUGCGUUGAAGUCGUGACGUCACGCGCACGUUCAUAUAAUUUUGGGGGGUGGAGCCAUGGAUGGACGCGACCUCAUGGUCGGCACCAUCUUGGACUUCCCCGAGCGGCGUGGAGGAACGGUUCCCGGCUCGCCGCUGAGCAGGUAAGCUCAGUGAGUUGGAGCGGUCGUGCCAGUCGGGCACGGACGCACAUGGCAGCGAGCCGGGGACCGUGACAAUAGGCCGGAUAACCCCUCCCACAACUACAGGCUCACGCAUUUUUAUAUAUCAAAAGAGUUAGGGCAGAAAAAUUAUACACCAAAUAUAAAAAAAAACUAAAUAACAGCAGCACUGUAGUCAAAAUAUAACUAUUAUGCCUGGUCCCCUAGCCUUCUUUUUCGCCUUUAUAUUAAUUUCAUCUAAAAAAAAAUUUUCAUUUGAGUGCAUAUUAUUAUAAAAACUUACCUCUGUUCCAGCACCGAGAUCCUCAGCAGGCUCCGCCCCCAUUUUUGUCAAAAUUGCGAUGUAGCAGGGCUCAAUCAAACCCUUCUGUUAGAGAAACUAAUGCCGCUCUAUGAGUGAACACUGAGCGCAUUAUUGCGCGUUCACAAGCUGAGCUGACUUAUAGCUCAGCUCGCUGUCUAUGUCCUCCACUUCCUACCGCAACCCUCAACCCAGAUACAUGAAGGCAGCAUCCACUACAGUACAGAAAAUAUAGUGUAUAUACACCAUAUAUAAAGUUUGUGUUUGUAUAGAAACACUACAUAUCAAGAUAUUUCUCUAUAUAUAGUGAUUGUAUACACACACAAAUUGUAUAUAUUAUGUAUAUACACUAUAUCUCUCUCACUCUCUGACAGUCUCCCACUGACUCUCUAUUUGACUCUCUCUGACUCUAUUUCUCACUCUCUCUAAUUCUCUCUGACUCUCUCACUCCAACUCUCUAACUCAGACUCUAACUCUCUCUCUCUGUAGUUCUCUCUCACACUCUCACAUGCUCUAUCUGACUCUCUCACUCCAACUGUCUAACUCCAGUUCUCUAACUCUCUAGCUCUCUUUUACUCUCUCUCUCUCUCUAACUCUUACUCUCUUUAACUCUCUGACUCUCUCUGGCUUUCUAACUCUCUCUUAAUCUUUCUAUCUCUAACUCUCUCUCUGGCUCUCUCUGACACUCUCUCUCUGACUCUCACUAACUCUCUGUAUCUAUAUCUAUAUCUCUAACUCUCUAUCUCUCUAACUGUCUUAAUCUAUCUUCAUAUCUAUCUAUCUAUCUAUCUAUCUAUCUAUCUCUAACUCUCUCUGACUCUUUCACUCUGACUCUAACUCUCUCUCUAACUUUCUCUCUCACUCUAGCUCUCUCACUCUAACUCUCUCUCUAGCACUUUCUCUAAUUCACUGAUUCUAUCUCUCUUUCUCUCCCUGACUCUCUACACUGACACUCUCUCUCUGACUCUAACUCUAUCUAUCUAUCUCUAACUCUCUCACUCAUGCUCUUUCUUACUCUCUCACACUCUCUCUCUCUAGCUCUCUCUCACUUUCUCUCUCUCUCUAUAACUCUCACUCUGUGAAAAGAGUUCAUAUCUCCAUAGACAUGGGACUCCUCCCACCAAGCCAUAUAAAGGUUAGCAUAGAACAGGGGUAGGCAACCUUUUAGCAGCACUGUGCCGAUAUAGGAUUGUGAUGUCCCGUAGCGUGCCGGUCCUAUUUUUUAAAAUUGAGUUCUGUAUGCUGCCGUAUUCUGCUUGUGUUAUUUAUAUUGUAAUUGCUUUGUAUCUUUGUAUUUGUGCGUAUAUGAGCUAUUAUAUUGUAUAUGUUCAGGAGUAGUUUGUGGUAUCGUGUACCUAUGAAUGUGGGCUGUGUAUGGGGGCUGCUUGUGGAAUUGUGUGUGUGGAUGGAUAUGUCACAUUGUGUGAUUGGUAGUGUGUGUAUGUGUGGGGGCUGUUUGGGGUAUUGCAUGUGAGAGGCUGCAUGUGGGGUUGUGUGCAUGUAUGUGGAUUGUUAGCGGGUUACAUUUGUGCGGAUUGUGUGUAUGUUUGUUUGUUUGCUGUUCGUAUUAUUUGUAUGAGGGGAGGGUUAUUGUGCAUUUCUGUGUAUAUCUAGCAGUGUGGGUGGCUUCCCUGGGUUCCAGUGGGGACCAGGCUGGCCAGGUACAAGUGAAGGGCAGGAGCUGCAAUAUCCACUGUAGAGCUGCUCUACCACAGUGUGGAUUCCCAUUCACAAGUGCUGGGAGGAAGUGAUCUGAGGUCACUUCCUCUACGUGCUGCAAUAUAUAAAUUGAGGAUUGUCCUUCACCACCUUUUCGUAUUAGCAGAUAUCUGAGGUUUCUGAUUUGGCUCUAGCAGCCUUGAAUGCCGUGCAUGGCACUAGUGCCUUAGGUUGCCUACCCCUGGCAUAGAGUAAGGAAGAUUUAGUCCCGUUAAAUAUUGAACCAUAUUAAAGAUAACAAAGGGCUAAUGUCUCAAGAUGAUACUUCAAAGCUAUCAUAUGUUUGGCAUCAGGAAUAGAAGAAUGCAUCCAUUGAGGCCAAGGCUUAGAGUGACCCUUUAAGAGAGAUAUGAUCAGAAGUCAGUAAAAAGAUUACGAUCACGGCUUGCAGGCUGACUUCUGAGUGUAACUCAGCAUAGUCAGUGGACCCAUUUUCAUCAAGCAGGAACAGCUAUUCAAGUCCUAGCCCAGCAGUUCCAAAACUGUGUGCAUGAUCAUAGCAACGGGAACUGUGCCUCCCUCUUCCCUGCUGGCUCUGCAGGACUGGAGGGGAGAUCGGAGAUCUCCCUUUCUAGCCUGCUAGCAGUGUAAUGCUAGCAGGCAGGGGAGGGAGAGAGGACCCGGGGGAGCUCUAACCUGCAGCUCCGCCGGGUUCUCCUCUCGCAAGCUCGGAGCGUUGCCGCGGUUACCAUGGCAAUGCUCAGAAGCUCGCAAGAGUGAACUCUAACAGCUCCUGAGGCUGCUAGAGUUCACGCUCACCACUGGGACCACGAGGGCUUCCCCACCGGAACACCAGGGAUUGCACCAGGAAAACACCAGGAAAACUCCCCCUAUACACACUGCCCCCUAUACACACACACUGCCCCUAUACACACACACACACACUGCCCCUAUACACACACACUGUACCCAUCACACACCUUGCUCCCCCAUACACACACACUGUACCCCACACACACACUACCCCCAUAAACACACACUGUACCCCUCUCAUACUCUGCUCCCACAAACACAGUGCCCUCUCAAUUCACACACACUGCCCCCACGCACACACACUGCCCCCCACAUGCACACACUGUACCCCUCACGCACACACUGCAGCCUUCAAACACACAAACACAAUGCACCCCACACAAACACUACAUCCUUCACACAACCACACUACAUCCUUCACAAACACAAUGCACCUCCAUACACACACACUUAACCCCACACGCAUUGCACCGCUCACACACACACACAUACAUUGUGCCCUGAAUUAAAGACAAUACUGCUAAUCAUAAAGUGCUAAACAUUUCAAGGUUAGCCUAACCCUAAGAGGAAAGUUCUUACAAAUAUUUUUUGAGCUUGAGAUUUGUUUUCCAGUAUAAAAGUUUGGUUCACAUUUGGCAAAUCGCACAACAGAACAACACACAGUACAGUCAACAGAUCACCCUGCUUCAUUUAGACCACAACAAGUGCCUUCAAGUUCCAAAUGUAUUCAAGUAUAGGUACAUAUCAGAACAUGAAAAAGGAUGACACAUGCAGUUAUUAUUUAUUAGGAAAUGAAAAACAUUUAAUUUACACUUUGUUUCAGUUUAUUAUCUUAAUUUCUCCUCUGCAGCCUUGCCUGAAGAAAUCCAGUCUGUGAACGAAGAGGGGGAGAGAGAAAAUACUAUAAAUGAGGCGGAAUCUAGUGAGGAAAAGGAGGCAGAGGAUGUCGUGAGUGUACCACUUCAUGCAACCGCAGAAGGUGGAGGCAGUGAAAAAAAAUCAGAGUCAUUCGACUGCAACAGCUUUGCACCCCAGAUCUUGCUAUAUGCUCAAAUUCUCCAAAAACUGGAGCAUGAACAUAAGCUAAAAUUACUAACUUAUGGUGUGAUAGUGUUUGGAAUUCUUCUCAGCAUUGGUUCUUCAAUAGGUGUAAUUAUUGGGUAA